AUUUCGUCAAUAUAUAUACACCUCCUCGACGGGAAGAAAUCAUUAAUUCGAAAAAAACCGUCAAACAUAGUUGUUACUAUUAAAUCAAAUAAUUAUCCUUUAAUUGUUCAAACAAAGUGAUAUCAGACAGCUGUCUUACAAAUAUCGGCUAAUUUAUUUAUUUAGACCUUAUUGUAAAAUUAAAACAAUUUCAUUUUUUUAAAUUCAAUUUCGAGUCAAUUUAAUAAUUUAAUUGUUGUAAAAAUUUAAUAAAAAUAAUCACAAUGGUGUUGAUAAAGAAUAUUAUUUUGAGUGCAUUGUUCGCUAGUGUUUCGUGCUACGAAUUUAAAAUUUUCAAUUUAUCACCAAAAAUCCCUCCAAUCACACACACAAAUAUGGCUCAACUUUUUGAACUUUGUUAUGCAAAUACAUCAAAUCCAAUAGCCAUUACUGAAAAUUUGGUAGAGACAUUUCACAAAAAUUUGUCAAUUACAAUAAUGGCACCUGUCAUUGUCAUCAACGAAAAUUUUAUUGCCAAAGACAUUCAACUGUACUAUCCAACCUAUCCAAUGUAUAUUUUAUCAGUGCCGAGUGGUAGAGAUUUGUUGGAAAUCUUUAAAAAAUUGUACAUUUCACCGCUAUGGAGUAAAAAUUCAAAAUUUUUUGUGAUCCUCGAAACUGAAGAACCUUGCGCGCAAUUAUGGGAAAUUCUUAUUACACUGUGGUGGUAUGGAACGUUAUCAUGUGUCGUGGUGUGCUCCAACACCGGUAAUGAAUCCAGUCUCUAUACUGUGAAUCCCUUUGUAAACCAAGCACCCGAUGCUUGGGUUGGAAUUAAUGAAAAGUUUUUUGACUGGCAUAGACGACAAAUAUUUUUUUACAAUCAACCUUUUACUAACGAUUAUAAAAUAUGUGAGACUCUCUUUUUCGAUAAAACUAAAGUUCUUGGUGGCUAUCCCGUUAACAUAGCUGCUAUGGGAAAAAAUACACCUGUAAUGUUUGAUGACAUAUUUGGUUCUUUAAACAUGACUCAAAACGUCAGGUACUUCGAACCUAUUAAUCGGGUAGGCAAAACCAUAGUAGCAGAUGGAAAUUGCGAUAUCGCUACAGUAUUUUAUGAACUAGGCGAUUUAUAUCGAGAUGAACACAUAGUGCCUGUGCCUUUCGAAUUGUCUUUUAUCAUAGUAACACAAAAGGCAAAUUUUCAAUCAGCGUCUUCUGAAAUUGCGAAUGUAAUCGAUAUUAAUGGAGCGAUAGCGAUAAUUCUUCUUCUUCUUGUAAUCACCCUCAUGAUUGUUUUGCACAAUAAGUAUCAGAUCGGAUUAGCUGUUCUGGAUGUCCUGAAGCUGCUGAUGAGUAUGGGAAUCGAUGCACCUCUCGAUCGGCUCGCCAUGAAAAUCACCUUCUUCACGGGGUUUUUUUUUGUUUUUUUAUUUAGUCCAUUGCUUGAGGGACAAUUAUUUGCCGUAUUAACUCGCCCGCCAACUUACAACAUGGAGUCCCUUAAAGACUUGUACGAUCACAAGUAUCACGUCUAUUUUGAGAAUGUCAUUCUUGAUGAUAUUUUAGAAGAGCAAUUAUGGAAAACUGUUGAGGAUAUGAAAUACUUACAUCCCUUGUACGCAUACAACAGCGCAGACAAAUGUUUGAAACUAGCUAUGGAAAAUAAUACCGUCGCGUGUAUAUUUCAAGAUGCUAAACAAAUUAACAGUGCUCUUAAACAGAACUUUCAUAUAUCUAAACAUUUUACGUUGAAACAUAACUAUUUCCUUCAUACGCGUAAGAAAUGGGCUAUGACGGAUCGACUUAAUGAUAAAGUGUCAAAGCUAAAAGAAGCUGGAAUUCUAGAUGACGAAGUAAAAACUGUCGUGCAGUAUGCACUGAAGAAGAUUAAAGCUAAGGAAAGAAUUAAAAAAAUCGUUGAUUAUCAAGAAAUUGACGCUGUAGAUUUAACGAAUUUGUAUGUAUUUAUGGCAUUUUUCCAGUUUUUGGCGGUUAUUGUUUUUGGUAUUGAGUAUAUUGUCGGACGUUAUCGCCGCCCAAGACAAUAAAAAAUAAAUGUCCGUUAACUUAAAAAAAUGUGUGUUAUUAAUAAGUGCAGUGUCGUGUAAUCGGUUUAAUAAAUUCGAUCACUGAAAUUGUCUAUCGAUCACAAAAUUUAAUGUCGAUUCAUUUUAAUUAAAUAUUUUAUCAACUAUCGACUUACACAAUUCGUGAGUGUGAAAUCAAGAUUUGACUGUCGGCUGUUUAUUCCAUACUAAGAUUUAUCAAAGUGACCCCUUACAUAAUUUUUGAGUAUUUAAAUAUUAUUUUAAAGACUGCAAUAAUUAUAAUAAUAAUAAAAAAUAUAUUUUUCUUAACUUCCAAGUCAUGGUGUGAUAGUUUUUGUGUUUCUCUCUAAAUAAUGUAUGGAAAUUGUAUUUUAAAUAAAAAAUAUGUAUUUUAUAUUUAAGAGAUAUAAAUCUACUUAUAUAUUUUCGCUAUAUGGAAUUUAUCAAACAAAAGUAUAUAAAAAUGUAACUGAGGACAAUAAAAUUUUUG